UGCGCCGACACUGGCAGUUAUUAGAAAUGAUAAAAACAUGACACUGGAAAUAAGUGAUGUGGGUAGAUGUGAGAUAUGUGGUUAGUGAGGUGUGAGUGAUGGAGCUACUGUGUGGGGUGCCCAAGCCCCAGCGCCGCACCGGCUGGGGGUCAUCAUGGGGGAGGGCCAGCCUGGGCAAGGGCGGCCAGGUGGCCAAGGAUGACCUGGGAUGGGGCAGCAUCAGACGCUCCGCCACGAUGCCUGCCGCAGGGUCCUACUUGACCAGGCCCUCCAAGUCUUCUCCUCAAGCUUAUCGCCGCCACCUGCUGCCCUCCGCUACGCUGCCUUCCGCCGCCAAGCCGCCGCGAGGGGCUGCCCUCGACCCUUACAGCGAGCCCCUGUGCCCCUCCGUGACCCUGGCUCCGGCGGGUAAGGACGUGGUGCUCGCUGACGAGGCAGGAGAGAUGGGCACACUUCGCCGCUCUCAGACCUUGCCACUUGGGGCUCUGCGGAAGCCCCCGGCGUGUCUGAGCAGUGCCGUGGCGUCCCUCAAGCGCGAGGGUUCCUUCAAGCGCCGCGGUGCCCCUGGCAGGGACUCCAUCAGGAAGAGCAGCAGUCUCCCCAAAGACCUGAAGCGGCAGGAAAGUACCGGCGCCCCUAGAGAUAAAAAUGAUAGUGAGGGCAGUGUUGUCGGUGCCCUUGACCGUCACACUGUGGCGCACCACAGUUCAGACACUGUGGCGCACAGUAUAAACACUGUGGCGCACAGUAUAAACAUUGUGCCGCACAGUACACAGGGCAAGAACGGUGGUGUCGUGAGCAGUCCCUUCAGGAGAACGCUGACGUUGCCACCGGGAGCAAUCUGCAGACGUUGUCCGGGGACGAGGUCAUCAGAGAGGCGAAAAAUGGCUUUCGCCCAUUCGAAAUUCGUCCAUUCGAAAACCGACCCGAGCGAGAACGACGACGGGAAAAGUGUGGAGAGCGGCGAGGCGGGCGAGGGUAGUCGCGCCACCCCAGCCUGGCGAGGCAAGAGGAACUCUACUUCCUCCACCAUGUCGGGGUUGUCGCGCCUCACCUCCACCACCACUACUGACGAAGGCGUAUGCGUGUACAGCGAGGGUGGCAGCGUGUCGUCCUCGGUGUACGGCAGCGUGCGUGGCGGGGCGUGGAGUGGCAGUAGCGUGGACGAGGGCAUCAGCGUGUAUAGCGCGCCUUCCCUCGCCUCCUCUGCUGACCUCAGCUCCGCCUCGAGUCUCUACGAGCGCGGCGGGGCGCGGCCCAAAGUCCGCACCCCGCCUGAGACGCAGGGAAUAUUCCAGAAGAAAGAAGGGCAAGAUGAAGAGGAUGAGAAGUGCCUGCGGUGCCAGCGUGAGGCUGCGGCAGGCGGCUGUGCCCCGCUACGCCGCGUCCGCAGUCUCCGCGCGGCCCGGCACCUGCCCGUCACUCCUACCCUCCUGCGGCUCCUUCAGCUGGGUCUGGAGCAGGUGGGCGGCAGUGUGGGCGUGUCCGGCGUGCCCAGGCGUGAGAAGCCACACCCACCGAGGAUCGACGCCCACCGCUUCUCCAGGGCCAACCUCGAGGAUUCUGGUGACGUUGAAUUGGACACCAUCCUUGGAGAACUGUGUGCUCUGGAGACCCAGUUUGAGUUCGAGAUUUCCUCCAAGAGCUCGAACUCGGCUUCUAACUUAACCACAUCCACCAGAACAGCUACCGCUGGUUCCCAUAUUACAGAUAAAAUGCAACCCAAGCAACAGCAGCAGACCCAGCAGCCACAGUUGCAUCCGCAGCAGCAGCAAAGACAGAGCCACUCCCGCAGCAACUCUGGGAACACAAGACAAAAGUUUGAGCCUCUGAAUGUGGAAAUUGAUGUUUCUACGACCAACAUGGGUAAGUCACGUACAGACAGUCCGGACAAUGAUUCGGCAUUUAGUGACAAUGUUUCAAUGCUGUCUUCGGAAAGUUCAGCGUCCAGUGGUGCUUCCGGGAGUGCUGGCUCAAGACAUGACCCUGGCAAGCAUGUGUCACAGACCCUUUUCCUGACGUUACCUCAGCUGGCUGACCUGCUGAAGGAUUGUGGGUUGGACAAGGUGGAACAAGCUGCAAAACUCAAAGCAGAAAAGAUCAAAAUGGCUUUAGAGAAAAUCAAAGAAGCUAAUGUAAAGAAGUUGUUUAUUAAAGCCUUCACAUCAGAUGGGUCAACAAAAUCUUUACUCGUUGACGAGAAGAUGACAGUCGUACACGUCACGAGGCUAUUGGCGGAUAAAAAUCAUGUGAGGAUGGACCCAAAAUGGGCAGUAGUGGAGCAUAUUCCGGAUCUUUAUAUGGAACGAAUAUAUGAAGAUGACGAGAUGUUGGUUGAGAAUCUUCUUCUUUGGACAAGAGAUAGUAAAAAUAAGUUGCUGUUCCUUGAAAGACCUGAUAAGUAUGAUUUGUUUCUGCGACCAGAGCAAUAUAUCCUUAUUGGGUCAUCAUCACAGAAGAAUUCGGAUCUGGAUGAUGAAGGAAGAAGUACACUUAUCGAGGAGUUCUUCUCAAGUACAGGUGUAGGUGUUCCUGAAGUUGAAGGUCCUCUCUUCCUUAAGUCUGAAGGCAAGAAAGUCUGGAAGAAAUACUAUUUUGUCCUUCGAGCCUCAGGACUGUACUACUGUCCAAAAGGCAAAUCUUCUCGCUCUUCCAAGGAUUUAGUGUGUCUCACAACUCUGGAAGUAAAUCAGGUAUAUUAUGGUGUGGGAUGGAAAAAGAAAUACAAGGCUCCAACAGACUGGUGUUUCGCCGUUAAGCAUCCGCACUUACAAGCCAAGAGCAGCAAGUACAUCAAGUACCUGUGCUCCGAGGACCCCCGCACACUUGCCCAGUGGGUGAUGGGAAUUAGAAUUGCUAAGAGUGGAAGAAGAUUGCUUGACAAUUAUCGUGCCCUAGUUGAAGACUUGGCCCAAGAGGAUAUUGACAUGUUAGCUUCAUCAAGAUCAUUUAGCAUAGCUUCAAUGGCAGGUCAAAGUGGUAUUGGUGGUGGAUCUCGUGGCACAUCCCAAGCAACUACUCCAUCUUCCGAGUCUCGUUCUCUAGAUUCUUGUCUAGCUCCAAGCCUCACACCAAGUGUUCUUGAUGGAGACGAAGGAGAUGAAGAUGCACACUCUUCAGCAGGGUCAUCUUCACAGGAUACUCCUGUGAACACAUUAGGCCGUCCACCUGUCUGGCGGCAAGACAGCUUGAAGAGUGGCUCUUCCAGUAGUUCAAGUGGUUGUUUAAGUGAACGUUCAUCAGCAGGUACACCCACUGGGGAGCAUGGAUUUGAAUCUGAGUUUCCACAAGGAACUAUUAAGAGGAAGCCGUCCAAUAAUCCAAAGCUUCCCCUUACAUCAACAACAAGAUUACUUGUAAAAGAAGUGGAUGGAGAAGAUGUUGUAGACUCUGCCUCAGGGCGAGGAACACUUCGUCAGAGUGUGCGUCGCUCGCUGUCGGAGGAAGUUAACACGUUACGCAGGCGUAAUUCCCAGUCACGAUCCAGUGUUAGUAGUAGUAGUGCAUCAAGUAAUGUCGUAAAUAGUAAUAUGUCAAGCCCAGUGCCUCAGGAGGAAGAGAUGGACAGUUUACCAUUGCCACCACCACCACUUGAACUGUCUGAAUGUGCCAUGGAAUCUUUACCACCUCCACCACCAGAGUUGUUGGCAUCUACCCUCAGCCUUAAUUCACUUCCUCCUCCACCUGAUGAGGAUUCUCUGCCGCCCAUCAAUCCAGAAGAUCUCAUGAUGGCUAGCAUAACGUCAUUGCCGCCACCACCACCACCUAGUCCACCAAAGCCCUCUAGUCCCCCACAUACUGGGGUGCCACCACCCCCACCACCGCACUCAAGUUUGCCAUCACAAAUUAAUGUGCCACACCCACCACCUCAUGGUCUGCCAUUACCACCACCUACUACACCUAAGCCAACAAAGUCGAAGGGUGUUGGUUCCCCUAUUUAUGGUAGCUCUCCAGUUUAUCAAACUGCAGGCUCGCCUGUUUAUCAGUCUACUGGUUCACCGGUGUAUCAGUCGGUAACACCACCUGCAGUAGCACCAAAACCAAAGCGUGACUCUAAUGAAUCUGCAAUCUAUGCUUCUCCGCCAUUCUUGGCUGAAUUACGGGCCCAUAAUGCACCACAAGUAGGGCUUAGUCCACAGCCACCUUCAUCCAGUCAUAAUGGUGGCUGGCAUCCUGACUCUCCAUUACCACCACCUCCACCUUCUCCUCCUCCACACCAGCCAGUGUAUGCACAACCACAAAAGAGUCCACAGAAAAAAGUUAAAAGAAUUACUUUCAUGGAUGAUGUACAGAAUAUACCUCCAACACCAGAGUCCCCAACUGCAAAACCACCUCUCCCACGACGUUCGGAGUCCACAAGACUAUCUAUAAACCCAGGACGUUUGGAUAGUCCAGGAAACAAAAUUACACCACCAAGAUCUUUCUUGAAUAAUCUACAGCGAGUCAUGCAGAAAAAGUGGCAAGUUGCACAAAAAUGCAAAGACUUUGAUAAGAUGCCUCAUGAAGUUUUAGGGUUUAGAGACCCAAUUUUGCCCAGUGAAGCAGAACGGAAUGUUGGAGCAUGGAUCCAGGAGCAUUAUGGCAGUCUGUACGAGAACCUCUCUCCACAUGGUAUCCCUCCUAGUGCCGACUCGGUAGAUGUAGCACAAUCGGUUAAUAGCCACACUUUGCAGCCUUCGCCCCCUCCACACGCUGAUGAUCCACACCGCUUAUCUCAGACUAUGCCUGGCAGAAAGAAACCACCGCCACCCCCACCUAAACGCUCAGAUUCCACACACCUCAGUACGCGGCAAUGACGACUGCGACAUUAGUGGCCACUUGUCUUGUUACACGUGUUACCCCACUUGCACCUGAAAGGAGGCUUAAUAUUAUUAUAUAUUUAAUAUUGUUACUUAAUGAAUGUUGCCGCUGUUCAUAGUUUCCUUAUGGUAGCAGAGCCAGUGCUGACAAAGUGGCAAUGUUAAGAAAAUUGGGUUUCUCUCUACAGGAUGCCUCCAGUGUAACUGGAAUGGGCAACUGUCAAGACUUCAGAAGUCAGUAGUGUAUUUCCAUUUGAAUAUGAAUUUAUAUUUCUUAAUGUCCUUAUUGAUGUAAAGUACCUUUAAUCAUAGUAUUAAUGAGAUUGUUACAUGUAUUGUGGCGAGCUUGUUGGUGGUUUCUUCCAAUGGUGCUACAACCUGGGCUGGUUAAUGAACAGUAGUGGUAUGAUGUCCAUAUGGGCAUGGAACUAGUUAAGUGUUGCCUUGGGCUAAAUAGCAUGGCCUUUGAGUGAAACGUGCCGUUUAUUUGGGUCAGCCGGGAAAUUGGCAUGGGUUACUGUACCCCUCCAGGCUUCAACCUGCUCCCUCAUAGUUAUCACAGUUAACACUAGGCCAGCCAUCUAGAUUUGGAGAGCAUCAACAUAGACAAAGAUAUAUGGAACUUACAGAGAUUUAUUAAACAGUCAAUGCUGCCACAUGCAUGUUAAGACUGUAAUAUGAAUUAGCAGCAAGUAGUUAAUGUUGGAUAACUGGUGAUUGCAUGUCAAUUUCUACAAUAGAAAACUGACAGCUGUGGAUACUUGAUGGUAUUCAUUUUAUGUUUGACCAGUUAGUUAUGAAACCAAAUGUGUAAAGGUGUAUAUUGUACAUUGGAUAAGUUUUUGUAUUUUUUGUAAAGAUGUUAAGCUGACCCUGAAUCUACAGAAAUGUAGUAGGGGGUCAGGAAUUUUUUACAUUUUUACUGUAACAAUUUAUUUUUUAUGGUUUAAUGUGUUUGAUAAUGUGCAUAAAAAAAGUUCUUUCUUUUUCUUUGACUGUUUUCUAUCCAUAUUGCUGCUAUGUGCAAUUAUGAGUCUUGUAAAAAGUAAACUGGAUGAGUGGAUGUUUUUCUAUGUAAUGAGAUAAUAAGCACAUGUAACUGCCUGCCAGAUUUCUUUAUGUAUGAUAGAUCCAUCCAAUUGAACUCUUCUUUCAUGUUUCUAACUACUUAAGGGUUUCCUCUGCUUUAAAAAUAAUUUUAUAGUCAAGAUGUGUAAUUUCUAUUAUGAAAUUUAAGAUCCAGAUGUGAUCUUUUUGUGUGACUUAGUCAGAAAUUGUAUACAUGUAAAGUCUAAGAGCCCAUUUCUAGUACCUGCAAGAAUUUAUUAUUCAUUACAUAAUACGGUUAGCUUUCAAAAUUCACGAGUACCUGUUAAGAACGCAGUGCAUGCCCUCGGGGAUUAAGGCAGAGGAUCCUACGGGUAAUAGAUUUUUUACAGUUUGUGUUGCAUUUACAUAAAUUAAUAUGAUUGGUCACUGAAACGAAGCAAAUAUCUUGCUUUUAACAAGACAAUGACCAUGAUAUAUCCACAAGUCUUUCUGCUUCUUAAUUUCAUAAAUAUCAACAUUUAAAAAGCUUUAUCAAGAUCUCUCAUCACUAUAAUAUUUAAAUGUAAUUUGGCAUGUGAGUGAUAAGCAACCUGUAAAAUGGAACUUCAGCCUACCCUCUCCUUUCCCCAACAAAAGUAACAAAAAAAUAGGAAAUGGAAAAAAGAAAACUAACCCCUGGGUUAUUGUUAAGCAUUAGGUUUUAUAAACCCUCAGUUCUUCAAUAUUAUAAUUAUGAAAAUUGCUGGAGUAGUACAUACAACACUGUGUUGGCAUUGUGCAUAGAGCUCCAGUUUAAAAGAUAUAUUAAUCUUCACUCAUUAAGCAUUACUAUUAUACAGUCAAUGGGGUUUCAUGGUAGUAAUCUAACAUUUUUUUUCAUUUAAGUUGGUCUCCGUAGGCCCCAUUUUGUUAAUGGUAAUACUGUAUAUUGCUUAUAGAUACUGAUCUUAUUAAACGAGGACAGGCAUUCGGCUUCUAUUACUUAAGUUAUACCAAGGAGUUUUAAAUGGCAAAAAGAUUCGUAUACAAAUUUGUUUCCCCAAUUAAAAUUAUAAAGAGUAACGAGUCCUUGAAACUCCAUUUAUGUUGACUGUUCAGCUGUCACUUCACAUGAGAUGUAAAUCUUCCUCAGUAUGUAUAGCAAUAUUUUGAGUUAAAUGGACAAUGAGACUUGAAAAUAUUGAUGUAUUCCAUGAGGCAAACUGUUCCCCUUCAAUGACUAUAAUUGUCAUUUGUUUCGUCCAAACACAUUGUUUUUCUGCAUGUUGUACCUAAUAGCCAGAGUUGCCUAACAAGCCAAAUUUUUGAGACAUUGAAUUUUUUUCCAACAUUUUUGCUAAUGAAAUAAUAGUUUUCAUUGUAUUAUAUAUGAUUGAAAUUUUGUUUAGUGAAAACUAACGGAAAUUUGAUCAAACAUAACCUACCUAACCUGAUAUAACUUGGUAAUUCAUGUUUUCCGUAUAAUUAGUUCUUUUCUAACAAUAUAUUUGGAAAGAAACAUUUGAAGAUUAUUCUGCCUUUUGGGCACAUCAGACCUUGCAUACUAGGCCAAGAAGUGUGGUUCUGGUUAUUAGGCAUGAUAUAUAUAAAUACACACACACACACACAUUGCCCUUAACUAUGAAAAUGAAUUUCCAAGCAUUAUAAUGCAGAGAUUCCAUUACCCAGUAUUAAGUCCAACAUUAACUGAUGGAGCAGGGUGUUUGAGUGCUAAAUAUGAUUCUAAAAUUGUCGUAUAGCUGAUAUUUUACAUCAUCCACACUUUGCCUUUUGUGCAUGGCUAACAACUUUGCCUUUAUAUAUAUUAAUACUAAUUUCAAUAAUUUCUACAUCUCCAGUGUUGUUGCUUUACCAUUUCACAAACCUAGGCCAUGUAGUACUGUACCUUGCUUUUUCUUGAUUUUUUAUAUAAUAUCUUUAAUUGUAUUGGCAGCCUAUUUCAUAUUGUAACUACCAAAUCUGAUGUAAUGCGCUCAUUUUUGUUUGUCCUUACCAUCUGUGUUGUAUUUUUUUUCCGCCACUGUUGAGUGUUCAUUACUUGCCAGCUAUGAGCCACAGAAUAGACUACCGAGCUAUCAAUCACUGUGUGUUUGGUCUACUAGUCUCGUCCUUGUGACCUCCCAGGUAUGUUGGUUUCUCCUAACCUUGUGCUGCCUGUCUUAAUUUGUACCAGACUUUCAUGGAAAAAACUGACAAAACUUGUUUCUCACCUGGUCUCUUUUUAGUCUCCCCUGGUUACCUGUGGUAUCCAGAGAGUCUUCUUGGUAACUGGUUUGAGGAUGUGUGUCCAGAAUCCAGUGGCCUUGUGCCAACUUCCACAUUGUACAGAAAUUAUAUAUACACAGUAAUAAAAAUUAUCUCCAGUAAAGAAUGAA